CCCUAAUCCGGGAGACAGACCGUCACUGUAGCAAAACAGAGUUUCUCAAGCAUGCAGCAGCAAAGAAGAAGAAGAAGAAGAAGAAGAAAGGAUAUGGUGAUGGAACCAAAGCAGUGCGUGGUGUUUGGUAUUUGGUGGGGGAAUCGGUCGGGAUAUGACUGGUAUGGUUUCGACAGUUUAUUCAGUCUCGUGGAAGCAUUGAAAGGCAGUUAUGAUUCCGAGGACAAUUGUGGUUAUGAUUCUGAUGAUGUUGGUCACAUCUUCUUUGAGUUUGAUAUAUUCAAUCAAGCGAAGCUUGCAAACGGAUGCCAAGAAAGGAGGCACGGGCUGGGUUUUUUCUCAAUCGGAAGCGAGAACGAAGAAAGACGCUUGUCUGGGCUUUGAUUGACGCCAGAGCUUUCACCUCCCUAACCUCACCUACCGCUGUCUCACCUACGCCACCUGUCCCUCACGCCAUCGUCGUACGACAAUGAAGGGAAUGAAGGAUUUGUCAAAGAAGCGCAAAAGGUUUGGAAGAUUAUCCUGCUAAAAUACAAAGAGAACUGGAAAAAAAAUCACCUAAAACAGAGGGCGAUCCAACCACUGAUGAAGUGGUAUUGAAAGAUGCUGAAAGAGAAAGUGCAGAAACAAGAAGAAGACUGAAGAGAAGGAUUAAAAAAAGGAGCAAAGGAGAAGAAAAAGGAAAACGAAAGCUGAAAAAGUGGAAAAGUCAAACCAGUUAGAAGAAAAAGUUUUUGAAUCGACUACUGAAGAAUCUUCCGAAGCUGAGCUCAAUGAAUCACAGUAAGUGGACAAACACAGUGGGACGGAGAGAGUAUUAUCUUAUCCCAACGAGAAGAGGAUAAACAGUUCGAACGUGGAGUACAUAUUCUGAGAUACAUACCUGAUUCUGGUGAAAUCCUUGAGGCAAAAUGGUCAAGCGAGAAUCAGAAUCAAGAUAAUGGAUGAUUGGCGGACACAUACACCCACACAAAAUCGAAAACCAUGCAACCGGCAGGAGGUUACAACCGACGGAAAAGGUGCCGGCGACGAUGGAGUCGAGGUUUUGAGGAAGGAGACAGGCGGCGGACGAUGGAGUCGAGGUUGUAACCUACUCCGUAAAACAUUUGGGUUGGGAUGAGACUAAUGACGGAGGUAAUGACUAGUGAGUAGUGACCAGCCCACUUUAGGAUUUUAGACUAAAGAGAAGAAAAGAACGAAGAACUGAAGAAAAGAGAAAAAAACAGAGAAAAAAAAUGUACAGAGAGUGGGUAGAUCAAAAGGGGAGGAAGAAAGAAAAAGAAGAGAAAAGA